AUGUUUCUGCGGCAGCCUGGGUGGACGCCCAAGAGUGGGAGGUCUGCAACGACGACUGGCUUCGUCUUCAAGCGGAGGAAGAGGCGCCGGGUAGACCCAGAUGCCGACUCGUCGGCUUCCGCUCCACCGUCCUCGUCCGCCGCGGAUCUACGGGAAGAUCCCGAGAAACUCCGGAGAGAGCGGAGGAGGAAGUUUCUUCUUAAGCUCAAAGAUAAGUACCAGGCGGAGAUCGACCAGUGGGAACUUUUGUCGAGCACGUUGCGCGCAAUGGAGGAUAGAGCGCGGCAGCUUCAACGGCAACGAGAGGAGGAGCAGCAACAGCGAACGGAAGAGGAAGAGCGACAGAAAACGGCGUUGUCGGAUGGGCCUAGUGCGUUAGAGAUUCAGGGGUCGGAGUCCGGUUGUGGGUCGUUGGUGGAUGAGUUUCUCUUGCAGGUAGACGCACACGCAGCGAUCAUUCGUGAUGUUUCGAGUCUCUGUGACACAGCGGACGCUCUAUAUAACGAAGAAGAGGAACAGAUUAGUCCGCUUUUCUUCGAUAUUCCGAUCUGCAGUUCACCGAGGGAGCUCAUGAGAUCGUUGCAAUGGUAGUCUGUAUUCAUCAAAUUCCCAAGAGGUAGGAAGUAGGAGGGGAUAUUUUCGGGUUUAGGAAGUAGGAGGAGAUAUCUUCUUUCGUUGUGAUUUGGUAUGAGCGAGUGAUGUAGCCUACUAACCACAAGAGGUGAACGAGGCCUAGAAACUGGAAAGUGUGUUCCAUGCUGAUUAGUGUGUGUGUCUAUGUUGUAUAUGUUCUAUUGAUUAUAUUUUGAUUUCGGUUCAUGCUUUCGCAUACUUGUAGCGAUCGCUUUGCGUUUGGUUUCGCA